GUAUAACAAUUUUGUACAAAAAUAUACACUUUACUGACGCAAUUGGUGACUGGAAUGGUAUUUAGUUAUCUUAAUUUUACAGCCCCCCUCUUUAGAGCCAACAUGGUAGCGACGUAAGGUCUUCUUCCUGUCAAUUCCGCACGUGUGUGGGUCAACGCCACAUUGUAGUCCUCGCCUUGUAUUAUUAUGAUGGAAUUAAGUCAGCAAGUACCGCGCAAAAGUUUUAUAUGUUCAUUCUCUGACUGUCAUGCAUCGUACAACAAAGCAUGGAAACUAGAUGCUCAUAUUUGCAAGCACACAGGGCUGAAACCAUUUGUGUGUGAACAUGACGGCUGUGACAAGUCAUUCUGCGACAAGUACCACCUAGCUCGGCACCAGUUGAGCCACAGUGGAGAGAGACCCUUUAGAUGUACAGUAGAUAGCUGCACGGAGGCCUUCACCACAAAUUACAAUUUGAAGAAACAUGUUAAUCGCAAACACAACCAUGAUGAGGAGAAACUGUAUGAAUAUGUGUGUAGCUUUGAGGGAUGUGGGAAAGUGUUCAGGAAGAACAAUCAGCUCAAGUCACAUGAGUGCCAGCAGCACACCAAACUACCUCCCUUUCAGCUUUAUAGCUGUACCUUUGAGGGCUGCGAGAAACGAUUCACUUUCCCCAAUAAACUACGGCUUCACGAGAAGGUGCACAGAGGCUACCCCUGUGAAAAAGAUGGCUGUUCUUUCAUCGGAAAGACCUGGACUGAGUAUACUAACCAUAGGAGAGACGUACACAGAGCCCUUUUUCAGUGUAAUGAGUGCAACAAGGUGUUCCGCGACACCUGGUUCCUGAAGCAGCACCAGCGUGUCCACGCAGAGGAGCGCCAGGUGUUUAUCUGUCCCAGGGAGGGGUGCCAGAGGUCCUUCACCACGCCAUUCAACCUGCAAAGCCACAUCGGCUCUUUCCAUGAGGAGCUACGGCCUUACACCUGCCCCCAUGAAGGCUGUGGAAAGACCUUUGCCAUGAAGCAAAGCUUACAACGCCACGGUGUUGUCCACGAUCCAGAAAGGAAGAAACAGAAGAAACCCCGACCCAAGCGAUCCCUGGUUUCCAGACUGAGUGGUUACAAGCCCAAGAAUAACAGUCAUCUAAAGCCCCAUGCAGCUUUGCAAUCAGAAUCCAUUGUAAGGGGUCAGUCAGAGCAAACGAACACUGUUGGAUCAGAGCCUAUUACACUGGUAUCCCUUCUUCAGGACACAGUCUUUUGCAACUCUGGUUAAGAAAUCAAACCGUGACCACCCGACCGGAUUUUGCCAUAUGGCAGUAUUACUUUCAGUGCCAAUUGGAUAAAAUUACUCCAGACAACCCCCCCCUCAUAAAAACAUGAUAUUGCCUUCGCUAGUUUAGUUCACUGUGGUAGAUUUUUAAUUUGUAUUUAAGCUCAUGAGUUUACACGCACAACUGUUCAGUUUGAUUGUAUUAAGUAAACCGCUGUGUGGUCUGUGGGGUGAGCUGUAGGUGAUAUGUUGGGCAUGGUGGGCUGUGAACUGGUAUCAGGAUGGUGCUGCGGCAACUGUUCAUUUCUUUGACUUCCUUCCCAGAAGGUGGACAUAGGAUGCACAUGGCAGUUCUGCCAUAUUGGAUGACUUUGGGUUUGGAAAGAAUUCCCAGCACCUCUGUUGCACUAUCUCCAGGGUUGUGUCCUGCAGUCAAAACCAUAAAAGUAUGGAAUGCGUUUGGGUCUUUGCGUGUCAAAAAAGAUACAUGUCAAAUAACACUAUUUGACUCGUUAAAUAAGAUUUUAAUUUGACAGUCAAAUAACUAAAUUCUAUUAUUGAAUGUUGUGUACUGAAUUUGCACGUGCAAGCAAGCGCCACCGCUACUAUCAGUAGCACUGUCAAAGCUGUACAAAAAGAGUACGCAAACAAGCACACGCCGGCCGGUUGGUAAUAAGGCAUUAUUUGUUCGACCGCUACUUCUGGGGUAGCUAGCUAGCACCAAUACAACCAGCCUGAAAACAAUGACCAGUAGAAACUGCAGUCAUUUUUAUUAUUCUUAACAAUGAUUUAGGAAUCCUUGUAAGUAUUAGCUUAGGUGUAUUGAAACUGAACUUCAGUUCAUGAAAAUAAAUAGCUAGCCAACUACUUAAUUAACCCUGUUGCCCAAAGCUAACGUUAUAAGAAGCCAGCUAGCUUCAUCUGGCUUGUGAGGCUCAAACGGACCGGGGUAUGUCUUGUGAAGUUGGCCACAAUAGGAUUAGGCACAAUAAUGGAAUAUGCGCUUUGCCUUCAAAAUAAAAGUACCUCUUUGAAAGUGCCGCAGAAGGUUACAAUUGGUGGAAUCAUGCAAUAUUUAGACUAGAUCAUGUUAAACAAGGUUGGAAUGUGAAGCAAUGAAAUGGGAUAUCAGUCUCGUCAGUGACACCCACAGAACACAACUGUGAAGAGAUAAUGCAAAUAUUAGCGUUGUAGCUCUUACCGUGUGACUGUGAAAUCACCUCCCCAGUCAGCCUAUUGUGUGUAUUGAAAUUCAUAUUGCACUGUAGAGCUUUACCUAAGGAUUGGGGAUCAAUGAAAUUAGGUAUCAGUCUUCUCAAUACCCAAUAUAUAUUUUUCCCAACGUCCUAAAGAGUUAUCAGACUACAAAACAUCCAUGUAGUAUUGUUUUUUUCCUAGGGAAUAAUGUUCAAUACACAUAUUAGGUUGACAAUAAAUCUGGCUCAAUUCAGUUGUCUCGCAAUAAGAGCUACAAUGCUAAUGUUCUCUGGGUGUCACUGAGUAGACUGAUACCCCAUGCCAUUAAUCCAUAGGUAAGGCUGUACAGUGAAAUAAGUAUGCCCCCAAUGCAAUUCUUAAGUCUAGUACAUCCAGUGUGAUCUCAACAGAUUUGUCCAAUUAACAAAUUAUUGUAUUUUGUUGAUUUUAUAUAACAUUCCAACCUCGUGUAUAAUGAUCUAUUCAAUUAUGGCAUAAUUCUACAAGUUGUAUUCAUUUGCGUCACUGUCAAUAACAUACUUUAAUUUUGAAGGCAAACCGCAAAGUCCACUAUUGUGGCUAAUCCUUAUUGUGGGUAGUUUCACAGAUGGGUCUCGACCACCAUUAAUCAAAUAAGAACGGUUUUAUAAAUUAGGGUUAUUUUAGAAGAUGCUAGCUAGCUAUAGCUACUGAAACGUCGUUUUGCUAUGUUUCUGGGGAAGAACAUUGUUUGCGUCAUCAGCUAGCUAGCUUUUUUUAUGACCAGCACUGUAGGUGCGCGAGACAACUUUACCAGCAUCAUAGCAUACGUAUCGAUGAACCGUUGUGACAUAUGAAAUACAAGUGAGAGUGUAAUGGAUGUGUAAUAACUACAUACAAAAUUAAUGAACGUGUUAAAUUAUUAUGUGACGUGCAGUCAUAUUCAGGUCCUGAUUGGUCAACAAGCUUAUUUGACGACGUGUAUCUUUUUUGACACGCGAAGACCCAAACAGCGUUCCAUAUAGAAAUACAACAUUAACAUUUGGCUUAUUCCGCAUUUGCACAUCUCAGGAAAGUCAACAUGGAGUCCUUGUACAGACAAUAGGGCACACUCCUUUUUCUGUCCACAAGAAUACAUUUUUAUUUAUUUAUGCAUGUCUGAGCCUAGUUUGUUGCUAACGAGUCUCUUUGUUCUGCCAAAGGAAAGUUGUUGUACAUAUACAGAAUUGAAUGUAUAUUUUUGCAAUAAAAAGAGACUAACCAACUAA